CAGUUCAUCGUUGGGUGAGUCUUGUGGCACUUCUUCUUGUCUCCCGCGUGCGUCCCACGCCUCGAAUUGGCUGAUUUCCCUGAUUGGCUGAGAGGUGCUGUGGCGGGAGUGUGGAGUGUAUGACGCCCUUCGAAGAAAUUAUCGACUUGAGAAACGGAGAUGAGUAAAUCCAAGGACAGUGGGGGCCCUUAGGUGCCAAAGUGUUAAUGGUGAAAAAACAGUACAUUUCCUGUUGACAUAACCACUGGAAAAGUUCUGCCGGGGAAACUGACUUGGAUCCAAAGGCCCAUACUUGAAUGUCCUUGGAGGCCUACGUAUAUAGCAUACCACAUGGGCAAGAGAGGCAAUAAAUCAAAAACAUGAAGGAACAGUUAUGAAAGGCAUUGAAGUGAAAAGUUCUCCAGUUUGUGGUAAAGGAUUUCUGCCCAUGCUGUAUUACACAACCAUUGGUAUAAUUCUGAAAUACCUCAAUGGUCAGAAUAGACCACACAGCACUCAGGAUGUUUUCAGUAACCUGCAGAAAGAGCAUGGUCUGGGCAAAACUGCGGUUGUUAAAGCAAUGGAACAGUUGGCUCAGCAGGACAAGAUCAAGGAGAAGGUUUACGGCAAGCAGAAAAUCUACUUUGCAGACCAGGAGCAGUUUCCCAGUGUGAGUGACUCGGAGCUCAGAAAUCUUGAUGCCCAAAUCUCAAAACUGUCUACCACACUACAGGGCACCCAGCAGAGCUGUAGGCAGCUAGAAUCAGAGCUAAAAGAUUUGAAUAAAUCGAUGACAAAUGAGGAGAUGCUAAAAGAAAUUAAGGAGCUGAAGAAGGAAUGUAGCAUACAUCAGGAAAAAUUACAGAAGAUAAAAUCUGCAACCAAUCACGUUACACCAGAACAUAAGGAGAAGGUGUACAAUGAGCGGAAGCAGUACUGUAAUGAAUGGAAAAAAAGAAAAAGAAUGGCAAUGGACAUAUUCGAUGCUAUCCUUGAAGGUUAUCCCAAAAGCAAGAAACAGUUCUAUGAAGAAGUGGGUGUUGAAACAGAUGAAGAUCUCAAUGUGACACUGCCAGAUAUCUGACCGCCUAGAAUAAAUUCUACAGGACAUUAAAAAAGUCUUAGAAUAGUUUAUUAGAUUUUUUUUUUUUAUGAAAAGUGUUUAUCUUUAUGAAAGGGUAAACCUUUCAGAUGGUUUAUUUCUAGAGCUAGCUGCUAUCCGUCUGAAAGUAUUAGGAGCCCUUGUUUAUUUAGUGGUAUAAUACUUUGUAAAAUGUUCUGAUAACUUUGUUUGAAUUUGGCCCAUGCCUACCCAAAAGCAUAUCAGAGGCCUAUUUGUUUGUAAUGUUGUCCAGUGUUAUUACUGCAUUUCUGGUCAGGUUUUGUGGCAAAUCUUUGCUGUAGUCAGCUUAAUGCUUGUAUCUGUGUGCAGUAAUACAACAAAGAGAGUCUGGGACACAGCAGAAGUGACACAUUGCAAAACUUUGGAAUAUGAGGUAGCACAUGAAAAUGUCCAUAGGCCCCUCCACCUUGUUAAAUUCUAUAUAUAUAUAUAUAUAUCAGCAUGGUAAGAUUGUAAAAAUAAACUGCGAAGACUGACAUCUGAGUCUGCUCAAUUCCUAGAAGUGGUUCUGGAGUAGACAAGGCGUGUUAGCUAUGCAGGUGUAUCACUUAGUUAAUGCAAGGAACUUGUCACAGUUUAAGAAUGAAUAAUUUACUAAACACUCAUUUAUGUAGGGUUUUUUGGUUUCACACUAACCAAAUAAACAUAUAUUUCUUGAAUAUUUUGUCCAACCCCCAAAAACACAUGCUAGGGGAGAUUUCACCAAGUCAGAUUCCGGGUUUCUUUAUCCUCAAAACCCCCAGGCAUUAAAAAAGUGAUGUAUCGGGAAAAUUCAGUUGCAGAGAGCAAUUUAUUUAAAAAAGAAAAGCCAGCCUUUUGGGAGAAACAUUCGUAGGAGUGUGGCAUGCACUACAGAAAUGUGACUGAUGAAAGUGUACUGGUGAUGUCUCAUGGACCUCUAUUUGGUAAGUGUCUUGGCUUUGCUUUUCAUAGGGUCCAAUAAACCUUACCCCUUACCUAGAGCAGAUGGCAUUCAGGCACAGUGCCACUAAUUUUGUUGAAAUUAAUUUUAUAGACCAAUAUAUUGUAAAUAUUAUUUCACAACGAUGUAUAUAGACUUGUGUAAGUAAAUAAAAAUGUUAAAACAUUUGCAAUUCA